AUGGAGUACCGAGUUCAAGAACAAACAACACCCAGACUGAAGCCUCGUCUGAUCAUUCACGGAGGCGCAGGUAAUAUCCAGCACGAUACGUACCCACCGGAACAGUUUCGGGCUUAUCGUAAAGCUCUCAUUGACAUUGUCACCAGAGCGGACCAGUACAUGAGAAGUCAUGAGAUAGUCUCGGAAAAGUCAUCCAAGAAGCUGCCUUCAGCUUUAGAUACCGCAACCUACGCAGUCCGUCUUCUGGAGAACAAUCCCCUAUUCAACAGCGGACACGGCGCUGUGUUCACUCGCGAUGGAGUCAUUGAACUAGAGGCCUCAGUCAUGGUAUCCCGUGGUUAUAAGAAGCGAGGUGUCGGUGUCAUGGGUCUACGCCAUGUGAAGAAUCCCAUCCUCCUAGCCCGAGCAAUGCUUGAACAUGGCGAAGACGAUCUGGAGGCGAAUCCCCGAGGAGUCAAGUCAGGCGAUCUUGAUGUCCCAUCCGCACAGGGACAUACACAGCUCUAUGGAAAGGCCGCCGAGCAACUCGCGCAACAGUACGGACUAGAACUUGUCGACCCUAGUUACUUCUUCACCCAACGUCGUUGGGAUGAGCAUAUCCGGGCUCUUAAGAGAGAAAAGAAAGGUCAGGGGCAAGCAACCUGGAGUGCGACUGAGUAUCUACCUCAAGGAACAUGCGGAGCAGUAGCCCUUGAUCAAGACGGCGUGAUCUGCGCCGCAACCAGUACAGGAGGUCUAACGAAUAAGCUCACUGGUCGUAUUGGCGACACGCCUGCAAUUGGGUCAGGCUUCUGGGCAGAGGAAUGGACCGAGGAUGGUGAUCCGACCGGGUCGUCCACGUGGGAUCGCUUGAAGAAUGCCAUGACCCAGCCGGCCCCCUCACUGGUGCUCAGCGAUGUUCUGAGAGGAACUUUGGCAGACUGCUUUCCGACUCCUGUGACGUAUACUCCCCUCGAGCUCAGUGGUAAACGAGUCUCAACCACGAGAUCCAUUGGUGGCUCUGGAACUGGCAACGGCGAUUCCUUUCUGAGGACAAAUGCGCUACGAACCCUUGCAGCUAUGGCGAGGUGGAAACCAGAGUCGGGUUCCAAGGCUGUAACUCAUGUUGCAGGCCCAGGCGGAGAGCUGGAAAGAAGUGCGGGUGAUAGAUGGCGCCGGACAGGUGAGGGUGAAGGCGGCAUCAUUGGCAUCGAGAGUGUUGUCGUUCGUGAUUCGCAUGGCCAAAUCAUUGAGACUCGGUCUGAAGUCCUAAUGGAUUUCAACUGCGGAGGCAUGUUUCGAGCCUGGAUUGAUGACGAGGGAGAGCCCCAAAUGAGCAUCUUCAGCAAUGAGCCGUCGAGCGAUCUAUAG